ACAAAAAAACUAAAUGCAAUAAAAUAUUCUGAAGACAGCAUACUUUUUUUCUUUUCAAUUUUCUUCUCCAGAAAAAACACACACAAACACACACACUGCAGUGUAGGUGGAGAAGAAAUAAGUAACUAAAUUAUAUAAUUGUAAUAAUGGCUCAGACAAUGCUGCUGAACGCAUCAAAUGUUUCUUCCGUCGUCCGUACUACUACUAACGAGCCGUUGCUACAGAGACUUAAGCCCAAGUCUUUCUCUCAAUUCUUGCUAACUCCAAGAACAACUUCUGCUACUUCCACUCCGGCCUUUUCUUCAACUCUCGCUCUCUUCAAGCCCAAAACCAAGGCUCCUCCUCCCAAGAAGGCACCUGUGGUGAAGGAAAAAUCAAAGGUGGAAGAUGGAAUAUUCGGUACUUCUGGAGGAAUUGGUUUCACUAAGCAGAAUGAGCUCUUUGUCGGUCGGGUUGCCAUGAUUGGUUUUGCGGCAUCACUACUAGGAGAAGCAUUGACAGGAAAGGGAAUAUUGGCACAAUUAAAUUUAGAAACUGGAAUCCCAAUUUAUGAAGCAGAGCCACUUCUCUUAUUUUUCAUCCUAUUCAAUUUGCUUGGUGCUAUCGGAGCUUUGGGCGACCGUGGCCGUUUCGUCGACGAACCCACCACCGGUCUCGAUAAAGCCGUUAUUGCCCCCGGUAAAGGCUUCAGGACUGCUAUUGGCCUUGGAGAAGGAGGGCCGUUGUUCGGAUUCACGAAAUCGAACGAGCUAUUUGUUGGAAGAUUGGCGCAACUUGGAAUUGCUUUCUCUAUCAUCGGAGAAAUAGUGACCGGAAAAGGAGCGCUAGCCCAACUCAACAUUGAAACCGGAGUUCCAAUCAGCGAAAUCGAACCGCUUCUCUUGUUCAACGUCGCGUUCUUCUUCUUCGCCGCCAUUAAUCCCGGCACCGGAAAAUUUGUCACCGAUGAUGGAGACGAAUAAGUAUUUUCUUUUUUUAUGUUUUGUUUUUGCUUUGUUUGUUGUGAAAUUCAAGAUGUUCAAUAAUUUAUUAACCCCUCCAUUUCCAUGUAGUAGUGAACUCUUAGUGUAUGUAUCAUAAUUAUAUAUCGGGUUUAUCGUUUGCUCCUUA